GGUGGCUUAAACAAGCAACGUCGAACGAUAGUCGACUGUUUAGCGAGUCGCACAAGCCGGCUAGAUACGAGGCACUAAAAUUAAUAUAACGAAUCUGGAGAUUGCAUAUAACAUGUGGAUUUAAGUGUUAACGGUGUUUUUGUGAAUUUUAGUGGGUGAUACUAUUUUUUUUUGGAUUUACUUAUUUCUUAUUUCUGGAUAAUAAGAACUAGCAGUUAUUGAUCAUAUAAAAACAAGAAUAAUAUGAUCAACCACUAUGGCUAUCGCAACCCUAUUACUUAGAGAAGAAUCGACAACGUCGCUUUCGUCUAUAGCGGAAAAAUCCCAAAGCAAAAAACCUCCCUUUUUGGAGUACGAGCUGAACCUCAACGACCACCAUUUGGAGCUAAUCCUAACCUCAAACAGCGAACGCAUUCUAAAAUCCACAUCGAGUGAUGAAGGUUUCGAGAGUGACAUCGACAGCCUUUCGAUUGUUUCCAGUGAUGACAGUUUUACGAACGUGACGGCUGUCAAAAGCGAAAUUGACAGCGCGAAUGGGGGUAGCAGUAGCGAGUCCGAUACCGAUAGUAAAAACGACGGAACGGUUUUGAGGCUGACCAAUGCGUGCAAAGAGAGUUACAACCUAGUCAACAUUUUGUGUUACACCGAUGUCAAGUACCCGGAUAUUUUAGUUUUUGUUAUUAGGAAUGUUACGUAUGUGUUUAGGUUUGCCACGUUGGCGAAACUGCAAAAUUUUUAUGCUAACUUCACCGCGGUUAAGGCAGUAGCAAACCAGAAAGCGUACAACAAGAAUUUCCCUGCUAAGUUUAACUUGUUGCAAAGGACUGAUAACAACGGAAUAACCCAUAUAGAAAUCACCAAGUCGAAUGAAGGUCCAAGUAGUAUAAUAAGCAUCAAUACUCCAGAAGAUAGAUUGCAACUACAGAACAAUAGCUCUGGAAGAGUGAAGGAUGUCAAUACAAGACAGCGUCAAGAGAGUAGAGUGUUGGAACUGGAAAAAAGCUCUUCAUCUGAUAACAUUCUAAAACAAAACCUAGUCAAAACAAAAGACGACACACUAAGAAAGGUAUGGGGAUCUGCCGAUGACCUUCUGGACACCCCUAAAAGGCCUGAGAGACGUAGAAAGAUGAAAGGAAAGGCACCGUUACCACCUACUCAAAAAACCACCUUGGAGAAUCAAAGCAUAUACAGUGGUCAAUUUGUGAGAGUUAAUGUCAAUUUUGACGUUCUUAAGGACGACAAAAACCGUCUUGUUAUCAAGAGCACUUGUGAUGAACCUCACCCGAAAAAACUGCAGAACUUUAAACCGACCCUUUCCAACUUUUUGAGGGCAAAACCAGAACCCAAAGUUGUACCAGACAGCUCUUGGACCAACUCAGUACCAAGGCUUCUAAAGAAGCCCAAAAGCAAAUCCGACACACGGCAAUUCAUCCCAAUGGCGUACAGAUACAUAGAUACCACCCAAAACUACCCCACUUCGUACACUAUCCCCAAAAACUAUCCUCAAUACCCCUAUGCAUCAGGAUUUUCAUCCAUUGGACGAAAAUCAUCCAACUCGCUCAACCUAAAUAAUCGCCUCUUCGGUUUGUCCUCAAAAUUGAGGGACUUCUCCGGUCACGAGGUUAGAAACGAGGAGAAAUGGUCGACCAGUGAAUCAGCCACCAACACCAACCUCAAGAGUGUGAUCAAGAAGGAAGACACCAAGAAGAAGAAUGACAAAAAAGUUACGUUCAGUGCUUACACUACAGUCCAAGUCGUAUAAUACAGGGUGUUCUAAAACCAUACACCUGUAUACA